GUCCACAAGCCGACCCGAGUGACGGCUAGACGCCGUCCCAGCCGAGGCGAGACGCGCGGGCUAGUAUACAACUACAAACCGGGGCACUGAGACUGAGCUGGUGGCACCAGCAACGGACGUACGGAGUGAGAACGCGGCCACGCAUUCUCACCUCCGCGCGCGGCUCCACCUGCUCACAGCUCACCAGUCACCCCGAAGACCUCCCCGACGACGGACGACCCCGGACACGCCAGAACGCCAAUUCAAAAAGGAGGAGCCCAUCGAACCAGAUACUCUCACUGAACACACCUCACGCCCUCCCAAUCCCCACCAUCAGUUACCUCGUCAGCUCGAUCCCUCCCACGCCCGAGCAGGCCGGAGCGAGGGGGAGAGAAGGCUAGGCCGCAGUGCCAGAACGCGAACCUGCUGGACCCCCGAGAACACCGGCCGCCGCUGGCUCGCCACCCGGCUUAUCUCCUCCGUCGUCGCUUCGCCGCCGCCGCCACAGGUCGACCGCUAACACUUUUAUACCUACUGUGAGGCCCUUGAUUUUAGCCAUACAAUGGAAGUUCCAGAAAGUAAGCUUGGGGAUUUCAUCCAAGGCGAUGACAGGGCAAAGUGGAUAGCGGACAGCAAUCACAAUAUCACAAAAUUCACAGAAGAUGAGAUUAAGAGAAUUACUGACAACUAUAGUACUGUUAUUGGAAAAGGUGGAUUUGGACAAGUUUACAAAGGAGUUCUUGAUGAUAACCGUGUAGUCGCAGUGAAGAGAUACAUAUUUGAGGAUUCCAUGGAAGACUUAGCUAAAGAAGUAAUCGCCCACAGCCAAGUCAACCAUAAAAAUGUGGUUAGGCUUGUAGGUUAUAGCAUAGAGCAAAAUAAUGCUCUAAUGGUGGUCACAGAGUAUGUAUCCAAAGGGAGCCUGCAUGACAUCCUUCAUCAAAGUGAUACUCCCAUAUCUUUGGACACAAGAUUGUGUAUUGCUAUACAGUGUGCAGAAGCAUUAGGCUAUAUGCAUUCUUCAAUGUAUACCCCUAUUGUUCAUGGGGAUAUCAAGCCUUCAAAUAUACUACUGGAUGACAAUCUUGAUGCAAAAAUAUCAGAUUUUGGAAUAUCAAGGUUUCUCUACGGAGGUAAAACUCGGCACACUAAAAAUGUAAAAGGGAGCAUAGAUUACAUGGAUCCUAUACUAUUUAGAGACGGGACACAAUCGUCGAAGAACGAUGUUUAUAGUUUUGGAGCAGUUCUACUAGAAUUAAUUACUAGAAAGAGGAUAAAAGAGGAAGGAAAAGUUAGCCUCAUUACAAGUUUCACCGAACAUGAUUCAGAAGGAAAACGGAUGAAGGAUCUUUUUGAUGCAAAUAUAGCAUCCGUCAGUAACAUGAAGAUUAUCAAUCAAAUAGGAAAAUUAGCAACAAAGUGCCUAGCAAUGGACAUGAAGAAACGUCCAAAGAUGAACAUUGUGGCUGAACACCUUCGGAAGCUUAGAGAAUAUCGCAAUGGAGGACAUGAUAAUACAACCCUUUGGCGAUCCUUCUCGGUAACACAAGAUUUGUUUGAAAAAUACAAGCAAAGCACAAGGAAUGCCAGCUAUGGUUCGACCAAGCACCCUAAGAAGAAGAAGAAGAAGAGUUUCGCCAUUUUCAAACAUAAUAGUGGCAAUUCUAAGUUACUGGAAAAGCUUGGUGCUGUAAGAAUUUUCACAAAGAAAGAACUAAAGAAAUUUACAAUGGAUUAUUCCUGUUUACUUCUUAAAGACGGUUUAGCAGAGUACCACAGAGGAAUUCUCGAGGACAAUACGUUGGUCACAGUAAAGACGCCUUAUGAUGGAGAUGAGAGCCUCAAAAAUUGUUUUCUCAUGGAAAUGAUGAUCUUGUCUCACAUCUCCCACAAGAACAUGGUCAAACUGUUGGGCUGUUGCUUGGAGGCUAAUAUUCCAAUUUUAGUGCAUGAGUACACUGCUAAGGGGAGUCUCUCUGACAUUGUACAUCAUCAGCCUGGAUAUUUCUCGCUACCAUUACGCCUGAAGAUUGCAUCUGAGACUUCAGAAGCACUGGCACACAUCCAUUCUUCAACAGUUGGAGGCAUCGUACAUGGACCUCUCACACCUUACGAUGUACUGUUGGAUGAAAAUUUCAUGCCAAUGGUUUCAUGCUUUCUUUCCUCGAGAAGCAUUACCAAGGACAAGGAUCAUAUCGUUCCUGUAUUGAGGAUGACUCGCUGCAAUGACCCGGUUUACAUGCAAACCGGGAUUGCAAAGAACGAAAGUUUCGUGUACAGCUUUGGUGUCAUUCUGAUGGUACUCAUCAGAGGGAGAAUGCCUAAAGAUCACAACUUUGUUUCUGAAUUCAUCCAAGCUUAUGAGGCAGAAGAUAGUGGAGAGAGAAUGUUCCAUCUGUCCAUCACAGGAGAUCAAGAGGAUAGGAUGGCCAUACUUGAGGAGAUGGGAAGGAUGGCAGUGAGGUGUGUGAGCCCGGAAGAAGAUGGAAGGCCAACAAUGGCGGAAGUGGCAGAACGCCUUGAGUUGCUCAGAAGUCAGAACUUCGAUUCGGCCGUAGAAGACCACGAUGCACAUACAUAUGCAUGGAGGAAGUCAUUAUAGCCAACCAUAUUGAGGUUACAAUUGGUACCAGUGUACCACCUCCAUUCCGUUUUUAAAUGCUUGCUGUUAAUUGUUGACCAUCGGAUAUGAAGUUGGACUAUCCGUUUCAUUAAAAUUUUAUAUAAGUAUUCAUUUUCUUGAAAGAAUAUGUAAGUAA